AUGACAGUUAGUGCCUCAACUUCUCGAGCCAAUGAAAGCUCUCCAGAAAGAGAGAUGCGACUAGCAGCUGACAGAGUGAGACGAGCUACAUCACGGGCGUCUCAAAGUUCUUCUCAACGAGAGCUAAGGCUUACCAUUGACCGAGAACAACAUGUGUUAUACCGAGAAGCUGAAACUGCUUCACAACGAGAAUUGCGACUCACAGCUGACCGCGAACGGCAUACAUUAUCUCGCGAGUCCGAAACCUACACUGAGAGGGAAUUACGUCUCACAGCUGAUCGCGAACGUCAUAUUUUAUCUCGAGAAUCUGAAACUUUUACUCAAUAUGAAGAACGUUUGACAAAUGAUAGGGUGCACCAUAAUAUUAUUCGAUCUCUUGAAGAUGAACAUGAGCAUGAACAACAACAAGAGUCGGGACUCGAAUAUUACAAUUCUUUGAGACAAGAACGAUUAAUAAGUUUGUCUAAUGAAAGAUUAAGAAUUGAAAAUAUUCGGUCUCUUGAAACGGACGAACAGCGAGAGGCCCGUCUUACUGCAGACAGAUUUCGACAUAGUCUUAAUGACUUAGAUGUACACAUAGAAGAUCAAUCUACAAAUUCGGUGGCGUGGUCCGACAAAUAUAAAAGUGGGUUUGCUUAUAACCUCACAAUUGAUUACAGAUUAUCUUCUGUAAUAGGCGAUAUGAACGUAGUAUGUUCUUUUUGUAAUGCUUCAAAGUGGAGUAAGGAGUCGGCUGGUUUCUGUUGUUCUGGAGGUAAAAUAAAUUUGCCUUCGUUCGAAGAUCCACCGGCACCUUUGAAGUCACCACUUUUAGGGGAACAUGUGCAAUCUAAACAGUUCUUAGACAAUAUUCGCACUUAUAAUAGUGCGUUUCAAAUGACAUCCUUUGGUGCUCAACAAAUCUCAGAAGGUCCUUUCAUGCCUACUUUUAAUUUUUAG